GCCUUUUAGCUGCUUGUGGUUGGAGUUUCCUAUAUAAAUUUGAGACUCCAUUAAACAAUAUACUUUCGAAAUUUCGUAUUUUUGUCAGUAUAAUUAAAUAUAUUACUAGUGGUAAUAUUAAAUGUUUAACUAUUAUUAUUUUAGACAGAACACACACGAACGAUAUUGAGACAAAAUUGCGGCUGUAAGUUGAAAUGAAAAUCAUUUGAGCAUCACUCAUCGUACGAACUAAUCUAUCACACUUACCAAUCCAAAAUAUGAAAAAACACUCUGCAAGGAGAACAAGCUAUUUCGUUUUGACUUCAACUUUAGAUAAAUCUAAAGGUGAUUUUGAAGUCUUGAAUGAUGAAAAGCUGAAUAUUGAACUACGUUUUCUAGAAGAAGGAGAAAUAUUUGUCUUAAACAAUGACCAAACUGAUAGUAUUGUCGUUACAAGAUUAGAAGACAUUAAUUCACCAAUUUAUUUCUCAAUUGUUAGUAACUGCUUACAAUUGGUCACAGAUUCCCAAUGUCAAAUUCUCCUUCCGUGCUCUAGAGAAGGAAGAAGAAAACUUACUCAUAAUAUCAAGAAUUUGCAAGAUAUCAUGAAGUUGUGUGAAGGUGAUAUUGUUACUAUUACAACAAAAUAUUCAUUUAAAAAGCUUAUUGGAAAGAUAAGAUAUCGAGGUAAUUUGAAAAAUAAACUUGGUGUAUGGUUUGGUGUUGAACUUUCACUUGACUUUUAUGGGGAAGGGGAUACAAAUGGUGUCGGCUAUUUUACUUGUACAGAACAAUUAGGUCUAUUUGUAACUGCUGAUCAAAUCAGUAUUGAAGCAAAGGUACCUGAAUUUAAAGAAGCUCUAAAUAUUGGGACUAGAGUGAUGUGGCCAAGCGAUACAGGCAACGAAUAUGGAACGGUAAAAUGGUUUGGGAAACUGAAAAAAGAACCAAGUAAAGCAUGGAUGGUUGGGGUUGAAUUUGAUAGACCAGUUGGUAGUGGUACUGGGGCAUACAAGAACGAAAAGUUAUUUACUGCUAAAGAAAAUCAUGCUUCCUUCGUACCCCUCAUCGGUCUUGCACCUUGCAGUGAAGAACCAGUAAAUUAUCCAACUUCUGAAAGUCAAUUAAAUAUUGAUAAAUCUAUUUCAAACAAAAAUGAAUCAGAGAAAAAACCAAAUAAUCCUAAGCCAGAUUUAUAUAACAAUCCUAACUAUGAUCCAUUAGUGGAGAAGUUCCCGAAAUUUGAUGUUGGAUCGAGGGUAAAAAUAAAGCUCAAAACUAAACCUAUCUUCGGAGUUAUUCGCUGGAAGGGUAAAUUGACUUCAUCAUCUAAAAAAGCAGUAGGUAUAGAAGUUGAAGAUACGUUUCCUGGUUGCUCAAGUGGAGAGUUUCUAGGCAAAAAAAUUUUUACUUGCCCUCCUAAUAAAGCUUUUUUUUAUAACGAAGGUGGAUUAUUUGAAGAUAGGAGAACUUUUGAUAAUGAAAGUCUCGAAUGGUGCCAAAAAUACCCUUUUGGAAAACUUGAUUCUCCUCUUGUCACAGAUGAAUAUGUGCCUACUAUACCUCUAGAAGAGAUCGACAGGACUGUUGUUGGAAAAUAUCGAGGAAUACAAGGAUAUUGCAACUCUUGUUAUUUGGAUUCAGCAUUAUUUUCUCUAUUUGUUUUCAGCGACGUGUUCAAACCUAUCCUUUGUGAACAAACUUCGAAUCCCAUUCAAUUACAACUAAAAGCAAUAAUUGCAACAGUAAGAAAGUAUGGAUGGGUAAGAGCCGACUAUGUUUAUCAACUGAGAGAGGAAUUAAAUAAUAUGUCCAAUGGUAAAUUACCAGGCUUGUUAAAAGAAGAACAGGAUCCUGAAGAAUUUAUAAAUUUUCUAUUUUCCUAUGUGAAAAUAGAACCUCUACUAGUGAUAAAUACAAUGGAAAAAAUGAACAUUUUUAAUAUUACAGAAACAGAGAAUGCAAAUGAUCCACCUCAACUGAGUGAACUUCUCGGAAUAACAUUUUUGAAAAAUGAUAUUAGUCUAAAAACACCGCCGAAAGGACUUCUUGUACAAAUGCCAAGAAGCGGUCUUGAAAAAUCAAAAAAAUAUGUUAUUCCAGACUUAAAAAUCAAUAUUACUCCAUUAUUAAUUAAUUAUGAGCAUAAGUGUGCUAUAUGUGAUUCUGCUGCUAAGGUGAAGUGCAAGGAUUGCUUAAAAUCUAUAUUAUUUGCAGAUAAUCUUUAUGAUCGGAUUACAUACUGUGAUGAAUGUAAUAAGAAGGUUCACUCACACAGGGAAAGGACUGACCAUAAAAGUAAUUGUCUUGACAAAAAUGUUGAAGGAAGCUUGAGCUCUCCCAUUUAUAUGAACUUGAAGAGUGUAAUCUGUAUAAGUACAAGUCAUUAUGUCAGUUUUGUUCGAUGUGGAAAAAAUGUUGACGAUCCAUGGUUAUUUCAAGAUAGUAUGGCCGACAGAGUAUCAUGUUUAAGAGACCGCUUCGGAUUCAAUAUUCCGUGGGUAAAGAAAUUCCAAGACGUUGGGAAAUGGUUGAAUAAACCAGGAAAAGAGAUUGAGGAGUCCAUAAACGAUAAUUUACUGCCAAAACACGUUCUUAGAAUUUUAUCGGAUGCUUAUAUUUGUUUAUACGAACUUAACUAA